GCUUGCAGGCGACCGACAGACGCGUUUGCCUCCUGCUCGCAGUUCGUGUUGCAAACGCGCCCCCAUAAACCACGUGACCAUGAGCAAGCAGUUUCAGGCACUCUCAAAUCAAGGCACAAUAGCCUUGGGCGGUAACCGGUAGCCGAGUGCGUUUGAGAAGAAGGACGUACUGGUUUUCAAAGCUCUGCCACUAUAUGUGCCGCGCGCAGGCGGAACCUGUGACAUGUGCUCGCUCGCUCUUAUCGGCACGCAACGUGGAGUGAUUCCAUGUGCGGGAUAUUUGGCCCGUAUCGUGCUUAUCGGGGACUAUAGAAACGUAGAGGAGCGACGACGGAGGCCCAGAUAUUACUUCGUGCCGUAAGGGAGGGGUCGAAAUAACGACGACGACUCAAAAAAUGCUCCAUCUAACCUCGUCCCGGGCGACGGCGAUUGUUCUUCUCUUCGUGCUCUUGGUCGAGCCAGGUGCUCGCGCUCAGCCAGAGUGCAGCUUUGCAACAUUCAACAGGCUUUACUUGCCCGUCGUUUUGAAACUAAACUUCAAGGUGACAGGACAAUCGAACACCCCUGACAUACGGAAAUUGGACUGCGACAACCUGAAAGAAAUCACCCCGGCGGUGGAAACGUUCCUCGAAAAAUGUUCUGCUGACAACAACGAAUAUGUGAAGGAAAAAUUAACAAGCUUGCUGUUAACCAAGGAAUCUUUGUGCGGCAGCGAACUGGAGGAAGACCUGAACCUCUGGAGAGACUGUUUCAGUCCGAGUGUCUUCGCGGAAUGCAAGAAGAACGUCGAGGAGCGGCUGGGCAAGCUCGAACAAGACGGUGCACUGCAAGACGGAGAUAAAUGGUGCAGAAACGAGUCGCUGAGCUACCAGUGCGCACUGAAGGCGGGUGCAGACUGUCCCACCAAAGCGGACAGGGCCAGGAGGGCCAUGGAAAACUACAUCAACACUCUCAUGGAUGUGCAGGGGUGUUUCAGGCCUACCGUGUACGCUUGCGAGGAUAAACUGUUCCACGAUUGCCACUGGGUGGUCGUGCACGAAAGAGCUAAGGAAUUGCCACUUCUCCAGAGCGGUGAAGGUACGCUCGCGAAAUAUUGCAAAGCCGCGAAGUCCGUGUCUACUUGCACGAGGAACGUGCAGAUCGACCAAUGCUCCGAACAGGAAAAAACAUAUCUACGUACCGUCGAGGAUGGCUUCCGACGGAGCCUUGGUUCUCUUUGCGACGAACAGCUCCCAGCAAGCGCCGAAGUGUGGAACAAGUGCCUGAACCAGGAAGCCUUGAAGAACUGCACGUCGAAGAUUCCGGAUCCUCGGAAAAUCGACAUUAGCGAUCCACACCUCCAUUUCUGCAGGGUAGACGAGGAGACGCUCAAGUGCGAACUGGCGGCGGGCUCAAACUGUCCUGCGUCAGCAGACGUGGCCAAGAAGGCCCUGUACGAUAUUCGCAUGACCCUGUUCGACAUCAAACGCUGCUCCCGACCCAAGCUCGACGGCUACGGCGGCAGCGGCUUCAGCACGACCCCCGCGGUCCUCGUCACGCUGUCUGCCCUGUGCGUCGCGCUACUUCCCACGAAGCAGACGCUGCUCCUGGAUUUUAAUUAGAAUUCUGGUUCGAGAGGAACCAGCGAUACUUAAAGCCCCCGUAUAUAUACCAACACGCUGUUGACAAACAAGUCGACGUUUGCUAAGAACACUGGUGCUGGCACAGCGCAUGCGCAGAAACCAGAUGCGCGCGAAUCGUUUGCGCAUGCUCUAUGCCUACAGCAGCGCCACCGCAGCGAUGUGACGUCAGAGCUGCGUGUUGUUCAGUAUAAAAUGACUACCCAAAACUGACUAAUUAACUUCUUCCCGAUUAUUAAAAA